ACUUGCGUGAAGCGUUGUGUUCUUCAUACCACAGCUAUCUCGGACCUUAACCUCACAGCAAAAGAACACUUAACUAUUUUAACGUCAGUUUUGUGUCAACUAUUGCAGAUAAAGCCGGGAUAGUCCGCUGCACUCAGGGUGACAGUAGUCAGGUGCAUGAAACUGGGGCAAUAGCUAUUUAGUUUUACGGGGAUGGCUGCAGCUCACUAGACAAUUGCCUGUCGGUAUAUGAGCACAUGAAUUUUCCAUUUCGCGCAUCACCACCGACCUCUGAGCGACUGUUUUGCACGUUUUGCUUUUCUUUCUUUUUAUCAUUACUGUCCGAGAGAGGAUGGGAAAGGAUUUACUUUUACUGAUUACAGCUGUUUCGCCUAAAGGGUGACUGGGUGAUGGAAUAGUGAUGAAACCUAAUCAGUGGGGAAUUAUGCUUCCUCUGCCCAGCUUCUCUCAUCUUUUCUAUUUUAUUUGCUUCUUCCUGAUCCUCUGUUUCCCCUCAAUCCAUGCCCAAUUCCUGCCGGAACCUAGGGCAGGACAAGGCCUGCUGCUCUUCACCCAACCUGCUUAUAAUGCUUCCAUCUUCGAGAACUCUGCUGCAAGAACUUAUACCAAAAGUGAGGUCAAAAUGGGAAUUACUCUUAGGCCACCUCGGUCUUUAGACAUUAAAUACUCCAUUCAGUCUGGAGACAAUGAAGGAAUCUUCCAGGCUGAGAACUUUGUAAUGGGAGACUUUUGUUUCCUUCGUAUACGCACUAAUGGAGGCAGUGGUGCCAUAUUGAAUCGCGAAGUACAAGACAAUUACACAUUGACAGUAAAGGCAUCUGCCCAAGGAGGCUUAGAAGCCUUAACCACUGUUUAUAUUAAGGUAUUGGAUACCAAUGAUCUCCGACCUCUCUUCUCCCCAACCUCCUAUUCAUUUGUCGUGUCUGAGAGUGCCCCUCUGGGUGCCAGCAUAGGACGUGUAACGGCCACAGAUGCUGACGUCGGCUCCAACGGAGAGUUUUACUACUUCUUCAAGAACAGAGUUGAACUCUUUGCUGUCCACCCAACCAGCGGGGUUAUCACCCUAACAGGCCGGCCCAGGAUGGAUAGACAAGAUCGAUUUGAGCUGGAGGUGCAGGUGGUUGACAGAGGGAUGAAACUCUACGGGAAUAAUGGCAUCAGCAGCACUGCUAGGCUUGUCCUAACUGUGGAGAGGAUUAACGAAUUUGCUCCUGUUCUCAGUGCAGUUGCUGUCAUUCCAUCCUGGGCGGACAAUGACCCAGUCUACGCCAAAGUGACUGUGGAGGACAAAGAUGAGGGGGUAUCGGGGGAUAUAGAGUGGGUGUCCAUCAUUGAGGGUGACCCCUUUGAACUGUUUGUAGUUGACCGAUCGCCAGUCGGGAACGAGUAUAGGGUUAAAACAUCAGAAUUGGUUGAAUGGGAUAAAUUCCCUUAUGGCUGCAACUUAACCUUCCAGGCUAAAGACAGGGGUGUACCUCCUAAGUUUUCCAAUAUCCAAGUUGUUCAGUUGUUGGUUACAAAGCCAGACCCAGUGUUGGCGAAUUUUGAGAAAGAUGUUUAUGUAGUCAAUCUGAGCGAAAUAGCUCCUCCAGGCACUAUUGUAGAGGUGGUGAAAAUCUCCCCGGCUCCUCUGAGUGUCAAUUACAGCUUCAGCAGCCUCUCGGAUCCAAUGUACUUUGAUAUAAACCCUUUGACUGGAGUUAUUAUGACCACAAGGCAGCUGACAAGGAUAUCGCAGGAUUUCAUGGAGAUGGAGGUGGUUGAUAGCAUUAGUCAGCAGCGAGCAAGGGUCCAAAUCACCAUAGAGGAUGCUAAUGACAACACUCCAGUAUUCAGCAGGCCAUUCUAUGAUAUUGCAAUCAACGAGAGCUUACUUGUAGGCACUGUCGUUCUUGUAGUGUCUGCUGUGGAUGAUGAUAAAGGAGAGAAUGGGUACGUAACCCACACAAUCAGUGGUGAGCAGUCUCUACCAUUUACCAUAGACCAGGACUCAGGGGAGGUGAGAAUCACAAGAGACCUGGACUUUGAGUCAUCAGAUGAUAUCUACACUUUUACAGUGCGGGCCUCGGAUUGGGGUUCACCUUACAGAAGAGAGAAUGAGGUUAAUGUCUCUAUCCGUCUUAUAAAUAUCAAUGACAACCAGCCUCUUUUUGAGAGGGUCUCUUGCCGGGGCAUGAUAAGCCGGGAUUUCCCUGUCAGUCAGACUAUUGUCACCAUGUCAGCUAUAGACAUGGAUGAGCUUGGAAUGGUAAAGUACAAGAUACUGUCUGGGAACGAAUUAGACUAUUUUAACUUAAAUCCAGAUUCUGGGGCUUUGUCAUUAAAAAGAUCGUUAGCAGUGGCUAAUUUAAAAAGUGGGAUAUUCAACUUGAAAAUAGUUGCAACAGAUGGAGAGAUGUUCUCUGAUCCGAUGUUUGUGAAUGUAUCUGUGGUUAGGGGCAGGAUGCCACCCAAGGGGUUCAACUGCAAGGAGACCAGGGUAGCCCAGUUGUUGGCAGAAAAAAUGCUCUCAAAAGCAUCUUCCAUGGCUAGACCAAGACCAAUUGAGAGAUAUACAGACCUUUUCUCCAUGAACAAAGAGGCUCCACAGUUUGAGGCAUUGCCUACUAGUAUUCUAGUGAGAGAGGACCUUGCUGCUGGUGCAAGUGUAUUUCAGGUGAAAGCACGAGAUGGUGAUACAGGCUUCAAUGGCCGUGUCCUCUUUUCCAUAUCUGAUGGCAAUAAAGAAAAUUGCUUCAAUAUCAACAUGGAGACUGGGUUGAUAACUGUAUUGCAGCCACUUGACCGUGAGCGAUCGGAUCGUUACUUCCUCAAUAUCACCAUCUACGAUCAGGGCGUCCCUCAGAUGUCCAAUUGGAGAUUGCUGACUGUGAUCAUUGAGGAUGCUAAUGACAAUGACCCCCAGUUCUAUCAGGACAGUUUUUCUGUUCUUGUUUCAGAGAACUCUGCCAUUGGUACGGAAGUCAUCACCAUCACUGCAUUCGACAAAGAUAUGGGUCAAAAUGGACAGCUGUCCUACAUUUUACAGACUAGUGUCCCCCAGUUUGGUAUUGACAGUGAAACUGGAAGUGUAUUUGUUGCUAGCCACUUGGAUAGGGAAACCUUCCCAACGUUCACAUUGAAGAUUGAGGUGAGAGACAAGGCUGAAAGAGGUACCCGAAGGUCAUCAGUGACUACUCUAAAUAUAAUAGUGGAGGAUGUCAAUGAUUGUGCCCCAGCUUUCAUCCCUAGCAGCUAUAGUGCUCGAGUACUGGAGGACCUCCCACUAGGGGCUGUGAUUACCUGGGUGCAGGCUAAGGACCCAGACAUUGGCCCUGGUGGACAGGUCCAAUACUCCUUGUUCAAUGACUUCAAUCGAACUUUUGAGAUUGAUGCUGUGAGUGGGGUGUUGAGGAUAAGAAAGGAGCUGGACUUUGAGAAACAACAGUUUUUCAACCUGACCUUGAUUGCUGAAGACAGGGGAGUACCCAGCCUCAGCAGUCAGACAUUUGUGGAGGUGGAGGUGGUGGAUGUCAAUGAGAAUUUGUAUGCACCCUACUUCUCUGACUUCACUGUGAGAGGCUCAGUGAAGGAGAACUCUCGUGCAGGCACAAGCGUCCUGACAGUCAGCGCUAAGGAUGACGACAAGGGACGAGAUGGCGUCUUGAGGUACUCUGUCAGAGGAGGCAGCGGACUGGGCACUUUUACCAUUGACGAAGACACAGGGGUGAUUUACACUGCUGGGAUCCUGGACUGUGAGACCAAAGACUCCUACUGGCUUACAGUCUAUGCCACAGACAGAGGGGUUACACCUCUGUCAGCUUCUAUUGAAGUCUUCAUUCAGGUAGAGGAUGUCAAUGACAAUGCUCCCCUCACCUCGGAUCCUAUCUACCACCCAGUCGUCAUGGAGAACUCUCCAAAGGAUGUUUCAGUCAUUCGUAUCCAAGCACAGGACCCUGACCUCACUGCUACGCCUAGUCGUCUCAGUUAUCGUAUCACUGCUGGCAACCCACAAAAUUUCUUCUCUAUCAACCCAAAAACAGGGCUGAUCACAACAACCGCGAGGAAACUGGACAGAGAACAACAGGCAGAGCACUUCUUAGAGGUAACAGUCAUAGAUGGCCCAGUGACCACCCGCCAGUCUACUGUGUGGGUCAUAGUUCACAUCGAGGAUGAGAACGACAACCCGCCCACCUUCCCGGAGGUCACCUACCGCAUCAGCUUGCCCGAACGAGACCGCAACAAACGGGGUGAACCGGUCUACCGUGUCUUUGCUUAUGACCGUGACUUGGGAGCCAACGGCAACAUCACCUACAGCAUUAUUGAUGGUAAUGAGGAUGAAAAGUUCACAAUUGACCCCAGGACUGCUAUGGUGUCAUCAAAGAAGAUGGUGACGGCAGGCAACUAUGAUAUCCUCACUAUAAAAGCAGAGGACAGCGGUGAUCCCCCAUUAUGGUCUACUGUCAAACUCCAUGUGGAGUGGAUUCGCAAACCUGUCCCAUCGCUGCUGCCUCUAAUGUUGACACAGAAGUUCUACAAUUUCUCAAUAUCUGAGACAGCUGCUAUAGCUCAGCCUGUGGGAGUUGUUGCUGUGAGCCAGUCGAGCACACCUGUUUGGUUCAAUAUCAUCGGAGGACGGCUCGCCAGAGAAAUGUUCUACAUUCCGCAGAAUGCGUGUGGAAGAAACUGCUCACUUGACACAGGGAGCUUUGACAUGCAGUUUGACCUUCAAGUGGGGGUGGGGACUCUAGUUGUAGCCAAGCCGUUGGAUGCAGAGGUGCAGUCUGUGUACAACAUGACUAUACAGGUGACAGAUGGGACCAACUUCGCCACCGCACAGGUGUUCAUCCGGGUACAAGACAGCAAUGACAACCCUCCAGUCUUCUCACAGCCUGCCUAUGAUGUCAGUGUCUCUGAGGACGUACCAGUGGACAUGGAGCUGCUGCGGGUCAGGGCAUCGGACAUGGACGAGCGUGCCCGUUUGAGCUUCUCCAUCUAUGGCAGUGUAGACCCGGCCAGUAUGAGACUGUUCAGGGUCAAUCCUGGUACGGGGGUUGUCUACACUGCAGACAGGCUGGACUAUGAGGCCAGAACACAGCACAUCCUCACUAUUAUGGUCAAGGAUCAGGAGUUUCCAUUUAAUCGUGACCUGGCUCGUAUCCUGGUGGCAGUGGAGGACUCCAAUGAUAACAUCCCCUACUUCACAAGCACCGUAUAUGAUGCUGUGGCCUACGAGUCUUCUCCCAUAGGCACUUCUGUAGUGCAAGUGACUGCCCUUGACAAAGACAAUGGGAUUAAUGGGCAACUCACCUAUACUAUGGAAGCAGGUAACACCGGCGGUGUGUUUGGCAUAGAUAAUGCCACUGGCCUUAUCUCCAUUGCCAGGGACCUGGACCUCACCUCUGUGGGCUUUUACACCCUCACUGUGCGUGUCACUGACAGUGGAUUUCCUCCAUUAAUGGCCACGGCUUCAGUUCGCAUCUCCUUGAUACUCUCUGACUUCUCCAAACCCAAAUUCUCUCAGAAGGAGUAUCAGGCUGAGAUAAUGGAGAACAGCACCAUUGGAACAUACGUGACCACCGUUAGCGCUCUCAGUCGCUCAGCGCUUACUUAUGGUAUCACCAGGGGCAACGAGGACUACUGCUUCUUUAUUAACCAUCAUACUGGUGUAAUCAGCACACGCAGACUGCUUGACUUUGAGCAAACAACAUCCUACUUUCUGGUGGUGCAUGCCUUGAGCAUGGCUGGAGUGGAGGCCAGCACCACUGUCAUCGUCCAGGUGGGGGACGUCAAUGAUAGCCCACCAGUCUUUCAACAGAUCAGGUACGUCGGUGCAAUCAGUGAGGCUGCUCCAGUCAACAGUGUGGUUCUGGGAGAAGAUGGUAACCCUCUAGUCAUCCAGGCGACCGAUAGUGACCGCAAUCACAACGCCCUGCUAGUGUUCCAGAUCAUAGACGAGACCGCUCGCAUGUUUUUCAGUGUGGACUCAGGGACUGGAUCGAUUCGAACGAUUGCCAGCCUGGACUAUGAGACCUUCUCUGAGUUCCUCUUCAAGGUUCAUGUUAGAGACAGUGGUCAGCCUCCUAGGAGUGCUGAGAGCCCAGCAGAGGUCUUUAUAAAGGUGAUCAACAUCAAUGACUCACCUCCAAGGUUCUCUCAGGACAUGUACGAGGCAGUCCUCCUCCUGCCAACCUACAUGGGAGUCGAGGUCCUGAGGGUCGAAGCUUUUGACCCCGAUAUGAUCUCUGACGUCAGCCUUAACCCUGACAAGUCCACCACCCCCCUGCUAGUCUACUCUCUGGUGGACAGCAACCUGGAGCACUUCUCUGUGGGGCGCUACACUGGGGUUGUGACUGUCAUUAAUCAGAACCUCAGUAAAGACCGCUACCGCUUCAAUGUGAAGGUAUGGGAUGGACGUUUCUCCAGCAUGACGUUGGUCACAGUGCUUGUCCGAGAAGCUAUAGACAGUGGCUUUCUCUUCACCUUCCCGGUUUACUCCGCCUCCAUCCCGGAGAAUAUACCCAAUGUGACUGUAGUGACUGUUGUCAACACAGUCGGCCACCUCCUUAAUGAGCCACUGAAGUACACUCUGCUGAACCCUGGUGGACGCUUCACAAUUCGGCCGACCUGCGGAGUGGUGCUCACCACCGGUGUGCCUUUUGACCGAGAGGAGAAAGAGAAUUAUGAGCUGGUAGUGGAGGUCAGCAGAGAAGAUGAGAUACUGAGGGUGGCCAGAGUCACCGUACAAGUGCAGGUGGAGGAUGUGAACGACAAUGCCCCAGAGUUUGUGAACCUCCCCUACUACGCUGCAGUGCAGGUGGAAGCAGAACCAGGAUCAUCUAUUUUCAGGGUUUCAUCCACUGACCAAGACAAUGGUCUGAAUGGAGAGGUGACUUACAGCCUGAAAGAGCAACACAGGAACUUUCAGGUUAAUCCUGUAACAGGAGAGCUGACCCUAAAGAGGUCCUUCGAGGCAGACUUAUCUAACGCAGAGUACAAGGUGGUCAUCGUGGCCACUGACAGUGGCUUCCCCCCUCUGUCCAGCGAGGUGGAGCUGCCUGUUACUGUCGUAAAUAAAGCCAUGCCAGUGUUUGACAAACCCUUCUAUGGUGUCACUGUCAGAGAGGAUGUGGCCAUCUCCACCUCUGUCCUGUGUAUCAAUGCCACCAGUCCUGAAGGCCAGAAUGUCAUCUUUACCAUCACGGAUGGAGACCUUUCCCUCCAGUUUGACAUUGGCUUCGACACAGGAAUCAUCAAUGUGAUUUACCCGUUAGACUAUGAGACCAUGCAGUACUACCGGUUAACAGUGAAAGCCACAGAUACACUGACAGGGGCCAAGUCUGAGGUCGACGUGGACAUUGUCGUGCUGGACAUGAACGACAACCCGCCAUUGUUUCAGAACACGUCAUACUCCGCUGUGCUUGCUGAGAACUCCAUGAUUGGAACGACCGUGUUACAGGUGUUUGCCCAGGACCAAGACUCUGAAAAGAACGCCGUGGUGAGUUAUCAAAUCCUGUCUGACAUCUACAACAGCACCGACUACUUCAACAUUGACAGUAACAGCGGACUGGUAUUCACGGCACGCUUGCUUGACUAUGAGCUCAUCCAGCGCUACAACUUCAUUGUCAGAGCGACGGACAGUGGAGACCCUGCCCUCAGCAGCGAUGUUAGUGUCACUGUAACUGUUACUGACACAAAUGACAACCCACCUAAUUUCAGCCAAGCGCUAUACGAAGCCUUUGUCAGCGAGCUGGCUCCCCGAGGACACUUUGUGACCUGUGUUCAAGCGUCGGAUGCUGACAUCUGUGAUGCACAUAGGCUGAGGUACAGCAUUCUCUCUGGGAAUGAGAGAAUGACUUUCAUGAUGGACCCCGAUACAGGUGUGCUUAGUCUGUCUAAUAAGAGGAGACAAGGCAUGAAACUCUCAUAUCAGCUCAAUGUGUCUGUGUCAGAUGGAGUCUUCACCAACACUGCUCAGGUGAUUGUACGAGUCCUCGGAGCAAACCUGUACAGCCCUGUGUUCAGCCAGAGGUUCUACCUGGCUGAGGUCCAAGAAAAUGCCCCCCCAGGGUCAAAGGUCAUUCAGGUUCGAGCAACAGACGAGGACUCCGGGCUUUUUGGUCAGAUCACCUACUCCUUCAUCAAUGACCUUGGGAAAACUCAAUUCACCAUUGAUGCAGAUGGAGUCAUAUCCACUGCCCUGAAGUUAGACAGAGAGAAUCCUCUUAACAAGGACAUGGUGCUGACUGUUAUGGCUCUGGAUGGUGGAGGACGUGCAUCGUUCUGCACAGUACGAGUGGUUCUCGCAGAUGAGAAUGACAACGCCCCUCAAUUUAGGGCAGUGGAGUACCGUAUGAGCAUCAAAGCAAAUGUUGCCAAAGGUUCUCUGGUCACACAAAUCCAGGCCACUGACCCUGAUGCUGGGUCUAAUGGACGGAUAACCUAUUCCCUUUACAGCGAGGCACGCCUAUCACUGGUUGAUGUGCUGGAGGUGGAGCCAGACAGUGGCUGGAUGAUGACUAAGAGCACUGUGGACCACCUCCAGGGGACUGUGCUGUCCUUCUUUGUCAAAGCCACAGACUGCGGUUUGCCAGCCAAACACUCCCUGGUGUCAGCCUUCAUCCACGUUGUCCCCCCAGACGCGUUUGUUCCCUCCUUCAGCCAGCCUCAGUACUCCUUCACCAUUCCAGAAGACACAGCAGUAGGAACAGCCCUGGGGUCUGUGUACAUGGGCCCUGGACAGACCGGGUUCUUCUCUGCAGUCGGAGGAGAGACGCUCGACAGCAACCAAGGAGGGACCUUCCUGGUGGAGAGGGAAACUGGUCUGAUCCGUUUGGUCAAGCCUCUGGACUACGAACAGGUCAGCAUCUUUCGCUUCAAGGUCGCAGCAACAACAAGAAGAGACCUGAUCGAGUCUGUCUCCACUGUGGACGUGGAGGUUAAGAUUCUAGACGUGAAUGACAACAUGCCUGUGUUUGAGACUAACACCUAUGUAGCAACAGUGAUGGAGGGGAUGCCAAUAGGGACAAGAGUGGUCCAAGUGCGUGCACUCGAUCCAGAUUGGGGGUCCAACGGACAGGUAACCUACAGCCUCGGGUCUCUGCUCACCUACAACUUGGACCUAACAAAAGAUGCUCGCUCCUUCAGUGCCUCUUUCUCUACGAAUUCUUUCUUUGCCAUUGACAGUAAAACAGGCUGGAUCACCACAGUGAGUCAGAUGGACCAUGAGGCCUGCUCCAGCUACAGCUUUGAAGUAGUGGCCUCUGAUCUGGGGGAGUUACAGUCUCUCUCCUCCACCACAGUGGUUACCAUCACUGUGUCGGACGUUAACGACAACCCGCCGCGGUUUGAGAGAGAGCUCUACCGGGGUGCAGUAAAAGAGAGUGAUCCCCUUGGUGAAGUCGUGGCAGUUCUGAAAACUAAAGAUCGGGAUGGCGCUGACCAAAACCGCCUAGUCAGCUUUUACAUCACUGGCGGAAACCCGCGGGGCGUGUUUGGCUUGGCCCUCGUGCAAGGGGAGUGGAAGGUUUAUGUGAGUGGUCUACUGGAUCGUGAGCAGCAGGACUGGUACCUGCUCAACAUCACAGCCAGCGAUGGCCUAUAUGUCGCCCGCACUGCAGUGGAAGUUACCGUCAUGGAUGCCAAUGACAACAGCCCCAUCUGCAACCAGGCGGUGUAUAGCGCCUCUUUUCCUGAGGACAUUCCCACUAACAAGGGCAUUCUGACAGUGGGCGCAACAGAUGCUGACUCAGGCUCCAGUGCUGAGAUCCAAUAUUCACUAUUUGGCAUCGGGGUCGAAGAUUUCUACAUGGAUGCAAACACUGGUGAGUUGCGUACAGCCACUGUCAUGGACCGAGAAAUGACAUCCACCUACAAACUCAUUGCCCAGGCAACUGAUGGAGGAGGGUUGUUCUGCCGCUCUGACAUUUCUCUCAGGGUGUUGGAUGUGAAUGACAAUGCACCCUCUUUCUCCUCUACUCAUUACCUGGCUAGUGUAUAUGAGAAUGCCGCCCCCAAUGCUUUGCUUACCCGACUACAAGCCAGUGACCCCGAUGAAGGUCUAAACCGUACAGUGGUCUAUUCUUUGGUGGAUUCAGUCAAUGGGUUCUUUUCCAUCGACCCAGUAUCUGGGAUGGUAAUACUGGAGAAAUCUCUGGACAGAGAGAGCCGAGACUCAUAUCGGGUUCGUGUCCAGGCCACUGACCAAGCUGGGCAACAGGGGGCACUGUCCUCACAGGUCGAUUUGACCAUUUUGGUCCUGGAUGUGAAUGACAAUGCUCCAGUCUUCCAGAGGAGGGACUACGCUGUUACUGUGCCUGAGGAUGUUGCCGUGGGAACUGAGGUGCUACGAGUGUUGGCGACUAGUGCUGACAUCGGACCGAAUGCUGAGAUCACUUACAACAUCCGGUCAGGCAAUGAGUUAAAAAAGUUCACCAUAAACAGAAACUUGGGCUCUAUUUCUGUGGCUGAUGAUUUGGACUUUGAGGUGUGUAAGGACUACUACCUUACCAUUGAGGCCUGGGACAGCGGGGACCCUCCUCUGAGCACCGCUACCAUGGUAACCAUUGAACUCAUGGAUGUUAAUGACAACGCUCCUGCCUUCAGUCAGGACAUCUACAAUGUUCUAGUCAGCGAGGAUGCAUCUGUUGGGCAGACAAUUACAAGGGUAUUGGCAGAGGACCUGGAUAGCCAAGUGAAUGGGCGAAUCACGUACUCUAUUCUGAAAGGUGACCGUAGUAACCACUUCUGGAUUGACCCUGUGACAGGACUCCUCAAAGUCAAUAAACGGCUUGACAGAGAACUAAUAUCCAGGUACUCUUUGUCAGUGCAGGCGUUUGACAGUGGCUCUCCUGCCAUGUCCUCCACUGUCACCAUUAACAUCGACAUCUCCGACGUUAACGACAACCCUCCUGUCUUCACCCCGCCCAACUCCACAGCUGUCAUACAGCUAAACCAAGCUGCUGGCACCACCUUGCUGAAGCUGUCAGUCAGUGAUAAAGACUCCUCUAGAAAUGGCCCUCCCUUUGAGUUUCGCAUUGUUUCUGGAAAUGAGGGAAGUUUCCUCUCCCUGGACCAAACUGGAACUCUGAGGUCCAACCGUGUGUUUGGCCCUGAAGCCCCCAGAGAGUUCACCCUUGAAAUCCAGGCAAGGGACUCUGGUAAACCACGUCUUACCUCUUCUUCCUGGGUAUUUCUGAGGGUCAUUGGGAACAGUCAGUACAAACCAGCCGUCUCUCCCCUGGAAAUCUUCAUUGUCAUGAGGCUUCAGCCCAAGAGCAUGUUUAAGAUCAGCAGACAGGAUGGCAGCAUUGUGGCUCUGCCAGGCCUGGAACCUGGCAGAUACCAGAUGAAUGCUACAGUGAGUGAUGGACGUUUCGCUGUGAUAGCUGAUGUGUCAGUCCAGGUCGAGCAGGUGACAGACGUGCUGCUGCGUAGUGCCCUGACCUUACGUUUCAGCUCCCUGUCCCCGGAAGACUUGCUUGGUCGCUACCUCAGCCAGAUCAAACUAAUGUUACGGGGACUAGCUGGCUGGAAAUGGUCACCGGGACAACAAGAUCCCCUCCACAUACUUACUGUACAGCCAGUGAUGGGGACAUCUGACGUCGACUUACUUCUGGCCAUGGAGAGGCCAGAGACAUCGAGCUCUGGACGGAUGGGUGGCUUCUACUCUCAGCAAGAAAUGGCCGGAAAGCUGGAGGAAGCAGCAGCGCGGGGCCAGAUUCGGGGUGUCCUAGCUGGGGCAAUGGCGGUGAGCAGUGCUUGCUCUGGGGAGCUGGAUUGUGGGGACAGGGUGUGUGAACAGACACUGGUGAUGGAGGGUGGCUCACUGGUCACCUACAGCACAGAGAGGGUCAGCAUGGUGUCACCAAGGUUCAGCCGUACAGAGACCUGCACCUGCCCUGGAAGGACAUGCCAAACCCCUGUCGAGCUUUGUGAAGGUCAGUCCUGUCCAGCAGACAUGCAGUGUGUUCGCUCCGGUCCUACAGCGCCAUCUGUCUGCCAGUGUCAGCCUGACAGGCUAGAUGAGUGUGCAGGCCAAACCUCUCUGAGUUUCUCUGGAAAUAGUUACAUCAAGUACAGAGUGACAGACAGCGGCCAGAGCGGAGAGAUGAGGCUCGGCCUGAGAAUCAGAACACUUCAGAGAAGAGGAGUAAUUAUGUUCACUCGCGUUAACCCCUGUACCAUGCUCAAGAUUGAAGGGGGUCGACUAUGGUUCCAGCUGGACUGUGACAACACCCUUGGCAUUAUGGGUAUCUCUGGUAGACCAAUAAAUGAUGGCCUCUGGCACGCUGUAGCCUUGGAGCUGACUAGGAACUACACCCUCCUUUCAUUAGAUGACAGCUACGUGGAGCGCCGCCGAGCAGCCAGAGCACCUGUUCGCCUUUGGCCUCUGGCCGCAGAUUCCUCCUUCUUCUUUGGGGCCCAAGUGAGGCCACCAAAUGGGCAAGGUGAGAGGCCAAGCCCAGGGCCAAGGAGAAACCAGGGAGGGCCAGGACUCGGUGACCGUGGGGCAAGGGACCCACCGAGAGCCCAGGACGGUUUCCAGGGCUGCCUAGGCUCACUGAUGCUGAACGGUAACGAGCUACCACUCCAGAAUAAGAGAAGCCGAUACGCUGAGAUAGCCGGGCUGAGUGAGGUCAAGUUGGGCUGCGUGCUUUAUCCAGAUCCAUGCGUCAGCCAACCCUGCCUCAAUGGAGCCAUCUGUAGCAGCCUGCCCUCUGGAGGCUUCAUGUGCAGUUGCAGUGCUGGCUUCACUGGGGGGCGCUGUGAAAUUGAAUUGACAUCCUGCAUGCCAAACCCAUGCCAGAACGGUGGAGACUGCAAGCCUGUAGGCAGCGCAUUCUUCUGUGGCUGUCCUAGAGGACUCGGGGGACUUAUAUGUGAUGAGGAUGUAGAUGAGUGUGACCAGGAUGAGUGCGGGAAUGGAGGAGAAUGUGUCAACACAUUCGGGUCGUUCUACUGUAACUGCUCAGAAGGGUACGAGGGUCAGUUUUGUGAUGAUCAGACGCCUGGUGAUCUGGGGGAUGACACGCAGGCGGAGCCCCUGUCUUACGUCGGACCAGGAGAGAUCAUUGGAAUUGGGGUCCUUGUCUUUGUCAUCAUUCUCCUCCUCAUACUCUUCAUUGCCUUUAGGAAAAAGAUCAAAUUCAGGAAAGACUCAGUCCCGGGCUCAGGGACUCAGGCUGUGAUGGGAGUCUCAGCUAUUUCCACAGAAACCAGCUAUAUGCUGCACAAGACUGGCAUGGGGGCAGAAGGGAUUGAGUUUAAAGCAGUGCGUGUGUCAGGUUCACCAGGGGCCACAAGCACCUACGGUGAGGUGGGAGGCAGCACUGUGGGCCCUCCUCAGGUCAUGGUACGUCCGACUGCCCACUCCCCUCUACCAGGAGGACUCAGCAACCAGGGCAUGAGGAGCAGGGAUGGUGACAAGACCACUUCCAGUGAGGGCAGUCAGAUGAGCAGCUUCCUCUCAGACAUGUCUAAUAUCCGAGGCGUGGCCAAUAGGAGGGGCAUCGCAGUGUGCAGCGUGGCACCCAAUCUCCCUUCGGCAUCGGCCUGUCGCUCAGAGCACAGUCCGGCCCACAAAGUGUCCUGGGAGGGCGAGGAAACGAGGGAGGAAGGGCUGGAGAGAGCGAGAGAUGAGAGAGAGGAGGAAUGGGGGCAGAGAGCUUUUGAGUUGGAGAGAACACAGAGAGAUAACAGUCCACAGGUAGACUUGUCAGAGCUGGUAGACGAGGUGGCAUGUUUCUCAGACUCCACCUCUGAGGAGCACUCCCUCAGUUCCUACACGUCUGAGUCCUUCGAUGAUAACGCCUCCAUAGUGACAGUCAUACGUCUAGUCAAUGAUGCUGUUGAUAAUAUUGAAAGUGAAGUGUCAAACAUGGAUAAAGAACAGCGGCGGAACAGCCCUGUGACAGCAAGUCGCCACCUGCAGAGCAAAGAUGAGAUUUGUGUAGAGUUCAUCAAAGAGUACAUUGUGGAUUCGUACCACUGGGAGUCUUCCAGCCAGACUUCAAGCUGGGUGUCGCCAUCACGUCUGCGUCCACCAGAGGUUGGAUCCCAUUACGACCUCAGUGACACCCAGCAGAACAUCAGACGAGGCGGCAGCACGCGCUCUCUCCAGCUGGACUACAGAGUGAUGGGCAACAGCAGUGACACAAGCCGAGAGCGCGGACGGGAGACCAGCAAGAGAACCUUCCAGUGGGAGAGGAAUCAGUCGGGUGAGUGGGAAAGGAAACGCGUCCUGGACAGAGAAGAAAAGGGACGGCACGACAGGGAGGGAAAGAACACAGGCAACAGGAGCAGAGACAUGGGGGCAUGCCAAGACCACAGAGACCGCCAUCACUCACACGGUCAUGAUAGCUGUGAAGACAGCUCCUCACCUGUGUAUGAGGAAUACAGAGAAUCCAGCCUUGAUCCGGAGCAAAAUCAAGACACAGAGAGCCUUUAUGAUACUCUACCCCCGACCCGACGAGCCUACGAGGGAUACCCGUCAAGCCCCCCAGGCCUCAACCUGCACCCGGCUCAACUUCUGCCUCCCCUACGAGCGUGGGACUUACAGACAGGGGAGUGGAGGGGUUCGCAGGAGGAUCGUGAAGAGCUCAGUGCCAGCAGUCUGGCAGGUUCCGGGGAUGAGCUAGAGAGACUGCUGAACCUGGUGUCGCUCAGAGCCAGGAGAGCCACACGAAUAAACAGAGCCUCCACCGGAUCUGAACCUACAGCAGGCUGGGAUGGAUUUAAAUGAGCAGAUGAGACUGUUUCAGAGGAAUAGAUUUAAUAUACCUUUAUAAAUUAAAGAGAGGCAGCGACUCCCUCUGAUUAUACUUGACAUUUAUAAUACCACACCGCUGGUCCACCACCUAAAAUUAAUUAAAGGAUAAUAUUACCAUAUACACUUUGAUUAUUCCGCAUUAUUAUCCCGCUGUAAGCAAACACAAAUCUACCACCAAUCCCCCAGCUCAUUUAAAGGCUAGAGGAAUAAGAGGAAAUAUGUGCGUUCUCCUGACUCUACCUGUACUGCAUGAGAGUUUGGCUAUGAAUCAAUGCUAUUACAUUUAUUAUUUAUGGUGUCACUGUGGCACAGCAUUUAUUAACAUCAAAUUAAGAAAGGAUCCAGUAUGUUCCUGGAUUAGAUCAUGCAGAUGUAUGCGCAUACAGUAUGCUAUCAUGUAUUUCAUGCAUCAUUCUGUUGGAUCACACACCUACAGACCAAAACACACAUAAUCAUUUGUUAGCUCAACCAUGUAAUACUUUUUGCGUUUCUUAUUUUUAUUGAUGCAUGCCCGGGGUUGUUUUGGAGAGGAGAAACUAUUCGCCCACAUCCCAGACAUAGCCUCAGAGAUGCUGUUAAGAUUACCAUAAAUUGAUACCAGGGGAUCUUUAUUUAAUCAUUUAAUCAUUCCAUAAUGAUUUUUUUUUUAUUAUUAUACCAUUCAUUUGUUUGGUUGCUUGUUGCCUGUUCAUAAACACAAGCAUCCGGGGGAUCUGGCUUGUAUGACUGUAAUUAAAUACAGCACUUCAGGUGAUGCUCAACAGUA